AUGAACAUUACGCGCCGGUACAUUAAAUUGAUGAGAAAAUUCUGGUCUAUAGACUAUGCUAGUAAACGUGGCUGGACCACGUGGUUAACGGAUGCUGUUGAUUUUCGUGUAAUUGGAAUUAUUCCUAUUGUUAUGGAUGAAUUGAAUUUUUUAUCCAAUAUUCAACAUUAUUAUCAAGCGUAUGAUGGUUGGUCUUUUGCUAUAGAAGCUUGUCAUAGCCAAAAUAUCUCUGUACACUUUGCCAAUCCAGAGAUUCAGGUUAUAUUCGAUAUUGACGAUCCCUUUAUUUAUCGUGAUUGUAUGAGUGAUAUUCCUAAAUUAAUGUUUAGAAGUAAGUCGUCAACGGCAUCUUGUAAGCAUAGAGUAUUUAUAAAUAUAUAUGUAUAAGUACCGAGGAAAAUAAGAGUGAUCGAUCUUGAAAAUAAUACAGUUAUUUUGAUAGAAUAGCCUAAACUUGGAUUCGACACGUUUUGUUAGGAAAAGAGUUUCAUAUCUGUGCGAUCAUGAAAUUCAUGUUUUGACUUGAUCCUAAAUGGAACUAAAAGCAACUUUUUCCUUUGAAAGCUCUUUUCAGACUAAUAAAAACUAGUGAAGACGAGUCGAUCUAAUUGUUGUCAAGAUAUUGUAUUUUUUGAAGGGUAUA